CAAAAACUAUGAAAGCGAAACUUAUUAAAAUUUUAUAUUCAGAAAAAAUGGCCACACUUUCUAAUGAAUUUGAUACUGUGCUUGAAUUUCCAUCCUGUAAAUAUCCUGAUGUAAUUAAGUGGGGUUAUAUAUUCAAAGAUUUUAAAGCAAAGAUUGAAGCAUGUUUUAAAAUUCCG